UGAGUAUAAAUUUGAAAGGAAAACUUGUAGGUUUUUUAAAGUAAAUUAUUGGUAGAUGAUUGUAUAGCGCUGAAAAACUAAAAGGUUGCAUAAAACUUAUAUUUUACUUAUAGUUUUUAUUAGAAAUAGAUAAAAAUUUUAAUGGCUCAUUAUAAAAGUUUUCUAAAAAUACCACCUUACGAAAAUAGCGACACAUUUAGCCAGGAGGAAUUACAAAAUAGUAAAAACGAAAAUAAAGAAAAAUGUUUUCCAAAUAUCAACCAAAAUUUGGUAUUUUGUAAGCUUUUUUACUUCUUCUACAGUUCCGCGAUGGGUUCAUUGUGGCCAUAUCUUCCACUUUAUUAUCGUCAGCUGUUUCUUUCUCCCAGACAAGUUGGUGCAAUUGUUGCAUCUCGAAAUUUAGUUCAGUUUUUAUUUGUUCCUCUUUGGUGUGUUCUUGCAGAAAAAUACAGAUGUCACAAAACAUUCAUUUUGUUUGCUUUGUUUUUCUGGUUCUCUAGCACCAUCAGCAUAUUGUUUGUACCUAAAGAUAAACCUAAAGCAUGCUUAAGAAUGAAUAAUGUUAGUCAAAUGCAAGCCCUAACAACUAAAAAGUGGUUUGACUUUUCAACAUUACGAGAUCAAAAAGUCUUUGUUUUGAGAAGAACUGUUCAAAAUGAGGAAGAGGAGGUUUCAGCAGACUAUUAUUCUUCUUUUGUAAUUUUAAAUUCGUCGUUUGAUGUGUCAACAACUUACGCGCAAUAUGAUUCAGAAAAACAUUUGUCUGAUUCCUCAAAUGUUUUUAUUUUACUUUUAUUAGUAACAAUAAUCGGAGUAAGCUUUGCUUCGCCUGCCCAAGUUUUAGCCGAUAUAUACACUUUUAAAAAAUUAAAACAACACGGGCAAUCUUUUGCACAACAAGUGUUAUGGGCUGCUGUUGGUUCUUCAGUGUUUUCAUUUACUGUUGGUAGCUUUGUUAGUUUUACCUCAAUUCAAAAUCAAUGUACAAAAGAAAAAAAUAUAAAUUACAGUCCAUGUUUUUUUUUUUUUGGGUUUUUUAUUAUCAUGGCUUUUUUUGCGGCUACUCAAUUUCGUACAAAAUCCGUAAUUGAAAAAGUUGACCUGGAUGAAACCAUAGCAACGUUUUGGCAAUCGGUUAAAACCAUUAAUGAUGUUCAUCUUGCUAGCUUAGUGGUAGUUACUUUUUUUUGUGGAUUUGGCAACGGAUUUAUAUCAACGUUUUUAUUUUGGCAUUUGCGAGAAAUGGGCGGACUGCAAAUAUUGUUGGCAUUUGUUUCUCUGAUAAAUAGUAUUGCUGAAGUUAUGUUUUACAUAAUUGCCGAGAGAUUAAUGGGAUAUGUUGGACAUUUUCGUUUGAUUUAUAUUGGGCUGUUGUUCUUUUCCGCUAGAUUUUUUUAUUACAGCUUUUUGCGUCAGCCAUGGUUGGUACUACCAAUUGAAAUUACGCAUGGAAUGACGUCCGCUGCAAUCAGAUCAUCGCUUAUAUCGUACAUUAGGCAAGAAGGGGCUACUGGAUACAUUUUGCACGGAUUAUUUAGUGGAAUACAAAGUGGACUUGGUUUUUCUAUCGGCGGGUUAGUAGGUGGAUUCAUGGUACAUGAGUAUGGUCAUUCAUUGACUUUUCUAAUAUUUGGAGAGCUAAGUAUACUGACACUUUUAUGUUUUGUUCUUGUAAAUAACAUCUGGCCUCGAACAAAACACGAUAUUAAAAAAACAUACUCGGAAGAUAAUAAAACUCUAACUGAUUUAUAUAACACGAGUCGUAGUAACACCUCGUUCAAUAAAUCGCCUUUUAUGAAUGCCUUAACAAGCGAAAAAAAGCCGGGUUAGCAGUUAUUACAAUAAAAUAUUUUCAAACUAAUGAUAAGUAGCUUUUUUCUAAUAUUUCAGUUUUUAAAUUAAUUUCUUUAUUUU